UAGGGUUCUUGCGAGCGAUGGAGCUCCGGAGACGCCGUCGCGCUGCCCUGCGCCGCGCCACCGCGCAGGAGAGCGAUGCUUCCUCCGACGACGAUCAAGCCAGGACUAGAAGGAAAGGUAAGGCCAAAGUGACGGUGGAAUCCGAAUCGGAGGCCGAGGCCAUGGAAAUCGAGGAGCAGCCGCCAGUGCCAGAGCCGGAGCGGGAGCCGGCGAUGGAUCUCGAUACCGGGCGCGAGACGAGGAAUAGGCUCAAGGCCAAGAAUCUCACCACCGCUCGGCACAGGGCCGCGUUCUAUGCUCGCUACAGCGCCGACAACAAGGAAGAGCUCUUCUCCAGAGCGAGGCAGCCACAGAGGCGGGCACAGAUUGACGGCGACGAGGAUUUCAUGAACGAUGAUCUUGCGGAAGCUCCCAAGCCGGUCGAACCGCCGCCUCCUAAGAUCAUCGAGUGGGAACCAUCGAGGGGCUCUUCUCCCGAUGUGGAUUUGCCUGGCGCGCCUCCGUCUCUGUUCUCUAUGUGUAUCGAGCUUCUCUGCCAGAAGAUCGAUCACGUCGAGUCCUUGGAAGGGGUGCCGGAGGCCUUAAAGUGUUGCAUUACGUCCAAGCUAUACGAGCUUGGGAAGAUCACUCCAAAGGCAGCCCAGAUAAUCAUGGCAGGACCUCUCUCGCAGAUCUUGCUCCCGGAUUGCAGCAAAAUCCCGGAGAAGGAGUUCACCGAGCUGAUGGAGAACUCUUCCCUUGAUGAAGUGCAGGCUUUGGAGCUCGGGUUUUGUGGCCGAGCUCUCUCCGACCAAAUGCUGCUGAGAUUCGCGUUUCCAAAGCUGAGGAAGCUUCGGCUGCAUGGGAACUAUCGCGUGUCAGACUCGGGACUGCGCGCACUAAUACAAUCAGCCACCAGAGGUCUGAGAGACGUGGAGCUUGUCGAGUGCUGCUGUAUUACCGAGUCGUCCGUCCAGGAGCUAGCAACCUUUCACGGGCCUUUCCUCCAGAGCCUUUCACUGGAAGGAUGUGAUGGGAUUAUUGGGAGAAAAGUGUUGCCUUCCCUUUUGAGGCUGCCUGAGCUCACGGUUCUUUCUCUCGCCAGCGUGAAAGAAGUCACCGACGAAGUGCUGAGUGAGCUCAUGGUGGCUAGGGGGCUGAAACUGGAAGAGCUCAAUAUCUCGCAUUGCAGUGUUACGGACCACGGCAUGGCGGCUGUCGCAGCUUGCGGUUCUACUUUGAAAAGCUUGCACUUAGAAGGCUUGGAGCUUACAGACGUCACCUUACACCAUCUUACAGAAGGCUGUAAGACACUUUGUAAGUUAUCGUUGGACGGAGGCGACUUCAGUGAUGAGGUACUGGCGGACUUUGUCGCGGCCGCUGGAAGCUCACUGCGCAACCUGUCCAUCGCAAGCGUGAAAAAGGCUGGCGACCGGACGCUAGUGGCUCUUGCAAAGCACGCAAGCCGGACACUAGAAACACUAAAUGCGUCCUUUUGCCGCAGGGCGACCGAGGACGGGUUUGGAUUCCUGGCGGACUCCUGUCCCAAUCUCGUGGAGCUCGGGCUCUUUGGUUGCACCCAGGUCACGAAGAGAUUUAUAAACGGGCACUCGAACAAGGCGUUGAAACUGGUCGGGGAGCAGGGUGGAACGCUCUCGUGGCACAUGAACAUCCGCGAGGUAUGACUUGUACAUAGGCGGAUUUAGUGAAAUCUAGGAAGCCCAAUGUUCUUGGCUGGAAGGAGUCAUCAAAUCAAGUUACCGAGAGAUGGUCGAAUUCAAGCUAAAAAAGUGAGGCUUGGUAGUUCUAGAAGAGUUUUAAUCAAAAGAAUGUUCCAUAGAAUAAUUUUGUCUAUGUUUAUGUACAAACAAGUUCCAAGAACAAGAACAAAACUUUUCAAGCUCCAAGAACAAGAA